CAUAGUCAGAGAUGAGAAAGAUGUGCCUGCGUCUUUAAGUGGUCCGGCUGUUGUCAUGGUAACCAGCCGGCCAUUGUGUUUUGCGACAGACCGUGUUCCGCGCCGCAGCACAACAUCUUCAGAUCAACGUAGCUCUAACGUGCAUAGUUGCUCUGCUAAAUAGAUGUCAUCUGGGUGAGCGGCCAUGCACAGCUCAAUAGUUUUGUGUCUGUCCACCUGUUAGUCAACAUCAAGUGCCUUUGUUAUGCAACAUGCAGUGGCGGAGUUCCUGGAAGUGUCCUGCCAGCGGGCCUUCCUGAAGCCCACCCAUGCCCGUCAUCCCCAUCCCGCGGAGGGUCCGCUCCUUCCACGGCCCUCACACAACCUGCAUGCACUCGGCCUGCAGCCCGGCGCACACCGCUCAGCUUGUACGCACCAAGUACAACAACUUCGACCUGUACCUGAAGUCCCGAUGGAUGUAUAGUUUCGUCCGCUUUCUUCUCUACUUCGGCUGCAGCCUUUUGACCUCGCUCCUCUGGGUGGCGCUGUCCGCUCUCUUCUGCGUGCAAUACAUCAGCGUGCGCAUUUUCCUUCGCCUUCAGUACAAGCUGUCCGUCAUUCUCCUGCUGCUGGGUCACAGACGACUGGACUUUGGCGUCGUCAAUGAUCUCUUCAUAUACAGCAUGCACGUGACCAUGUUUCUGAUCGGAGGGCUGGGCUGGUGUUUCAUGGUCUUUGUAGAUAUGUAAAUUUCUGACUGGUUAAAUCACACAUGAAAAGACGUAUGUGUUCUCAAAUGCCUCUUGAUUUGCUGUAUGAGCAUGAUGGGCACAUGUGUUGUGACAAUGAACUUUUAUGAACUUCUGCUAGUCUUACCCACUGAAGUAGACCGCCUCUGUUGCUUCAGCUACACAUCCAAAUCCCCGAUCUUCAAAAUGUUAGCAAAGCCAAACUAUUAAAAAGCAGAGGCAUAUUACCAUGCUAUUCUUACUAUUUGUAUAUAGAUUGUAUGUUAUACUUUGUAUGAAUUAAAUGUGUUAUGUGUUGUAUUAACACUGUGCAAAGGGCAGUAUGAGUUACUUUUGUUUUAUUAUGUCAGUACACUGUAUUAUACAUUUUUGUAUCUGCAUGUGUUCUACAUUAAACCCUCAUGUUUGGAUUUCAGAAGGU